AUUAAACACACAUGGGCUGAGUGAGGGCUACGUGGAACACUUGGGCCCAUCCUUCCCCCAUCCGCUUCAUCCCAUUCUCCGCGGCGGCGCAACACCGGCGACCGGAGCCACCGCCGCCGCCACGAUGAUGGCCGCAGCAGCGAGAAUGGCGUUCGCCUCCUGCGGCCGCCUCCAGGCUCUGUCAGUCCCCGCCCUGCCAAGAACCCGACGCACGGUCGCCAAGCCCAUCCAUUUCCUGGCGGCGAGAUCCGCCUCCGUCCUCUGCUACUGCUCCUCCUCCUCCUCCUCCGACGCCGCCACCGCUGCGCCGCAGGCGGUGGGCGAGGAGGAGGAGGAGAAGAAGCUGGCGGCGUCGGAGGUCCCGGUGGAGGAGCUGGCGGCGCUGCUGGACAUCCGGGUGGGGCGGGUGGUGAAGGCGUGGCGGCACCCGGAGGCGGACACGCUCUUCGUGGAGGAGGUCGACGUCGGCGAGGAGCAGCCGCGCACCAUCUGCAGCGGCCUCGUCAACUACCUCCCCCUCGAGCAACUCCAAGACAGCAAUGUGAUUGUUCUUGCAAACCUCAAACCAAGGAACAUGCGGGGGAUAAAGUCAAAUGGCAUGCUCAUGGCUGCAUCUGAUGCUUCUCAUGAAAAUGUCGAGUUGCUUACCCCUCCUGAAGGUUCUGUUCCAGGUGAAAGGAUAUGGUUUGGUGCCGAAGAUGACAAGGAUCGCCAAUCAGAAGCCGCAUCCCCAAAUCAGGUCCAAAAGAAGAAGAUCUGGGAAUCUGUUCAGCCCCAUCUUAGGACAUCAGAAAACUGCACAGCAUUUCUUGGCGAGCACCCGAUGCGUACCUCUGCUGGUGUGGUUUUCUGCAGAACGCUGCAGGGGGCAAGAGUGUCAUAACUCCUCGUUAAAGAGAUGAUUCUUUUCUUUGAUAUCCCAUGUCAUGCACCUCACUGAAAAUAAUCAUAAGUUAGGAGUAAAAAAUCUUGCAGCAAGAUGGUUUUGAGGCUAAUAUUAUCGAGGUCAUUCACGGCUUUGUAUUUUUGUGCUGUAAACACUGGGAAAUCAAAUACUAUCCAUAUGAUUUUCUUUUUCAAUAGAUGGAGAUGCCCUUGCCAAAUUACAAAAAUUACUUUGUGCUGACCAUGGUGGAAAUAGUUUGAGCUGAUAAUUUGUGUAAUAACGAAGUUAUUAUGUGCUGGAUAUUUUGGUCUGUUCAUUCCAUUGGCUAUGCCCAAACUGAACCGAGCG